AUGCGGCUGCGGGGGUGCGGAAGUGACAUCGUCAAAGUGGUUGGGCUUCAUGUAAUCGGACUUCACUUGCUGCAGCCAUCGUCUCUAUCGUGGCUGCUCUCUAUGGCCACUCAGUGGGUCAUCAAAGCAGAGCUGCUGGGUACUUGUUUAUGUGGUGUGGGUCAUUCGUUCCUCUGUUGGUUGUUGCCUGCUUCAGUCGGGCCUCUGUCGAUGGUAUGUAGCGGACGACCAAUCCGACUCGGUGGCAGCAGAAUUCAACAGCGCAGAAUUCAACAAACUCAAGAGCCGGAGCGACUUGAUGCCCUUCCUCCGCUCGCCGGAGGCGGAUUUUAAGGAGUUCUGGGCGGGCAUCUACUACCGACUGUCAAAAAGUGCGAGGCAAGGAGACGCGACGGGAGGCGGUGGCGAUGAGCGCUAUCAGCGACUGCUGACCGGUCCCAUCGAGGACCACACCACCAUCGACUGCACCUGGGAGAGGGAGGGGGAUGAGCAGCAUCGGGUCAUCAUGCUCAAGGGCACGAAGGAGGGCGACACCGUCGCCGCCCACCUGUGGCUCAACAACAUGCUCAACAAUGGCUACAUCACCCUCUACACGACCGAUUGA